AUGCUCGAUUAUUUACAAUUGAAAGGAAUUCUGUUUGGUUAUCAUAGAGACAUCUCAACACUUGAUGAAACUGAUUAUCUUGAUGGAGACAGUUCUAUUCCAAUAUGGCAAAAUGCUAGUUGCAAUAUACCUGAUUUACCAUAUUUAUUGGGAAAUUAUACUACUUUUAUUGAUAUUAGAAGAGGACCGGGAAUUGGUCAUAUUGUAUAUGAUGAAAAAACAAAUACGCAAUAUAUAAAUGUCACUGGUUGUUCAAAUAAGUCAACCUUUCAAUACCAUUAUAAAUCAAUGAAUUAUUCUUGGGCAGUUUGGAAUCAAGAGAAAGAUGGCUUAUUUAAAAUGGACGAAAAAUAUGUAUUUUUACAAUGUGAUGACAAAGCAAAUGCCACCAUGUUUAGAAAAGAAAUCAAAACAAUUGAUGCUACAGUUAAUGAAAAACUUGAAAGUCGUACAGCUCCAACUAUUCCUGGUGAUCCAGAUCACCCCUCGCCAUUGAUUGAUGAUGUUGUGAUGUUUUUAUUAGAUGCUGAGACCAGAGAAAAAUUUAAACAAGAAUUCACACAAAUCAUGGAAUUUUUCAAUAAUUCAGAGAAAUAUACAGGUGGUACACAUAAAUGGUUUUCUAUGGAAAGAUACAAUGUGAUGGGUUGGAAUUCUGCCCCAAAUAAACCAUAUAUUUAUGGUGGUCAAAGCUUACCAGAUCUAGAAGAUGGUCAUAAUGCAAAUUGGUUAUGGGAUGUUUAUGAAGAACAGGGUUUUGUGACUGCUCAUUCUGAUGGUUCUUGUGGUGGUUUUGUCGAACCAUUGGAUUGGGACAUGGGAGAUAUGACUCAUUGGUAUAUUGAAGAGAAAUUGAGGGAUGGGUAUAAGAGAAUUCAACCUGGUUACCAUCAAUUCCCAACUGAUUCAAUAUGUGACAAUUUCAAUCUAAUAAGAGAAACUGAUGAAAAAACUCGAUUCAAUGAAUCUUGUGUAUUCUUAAAUGGAACAAGUGAAAUGACUUGGAUGCAAGGUUAUACCUUUGGCUCUGGUCCUUAUUGUAUGGGGCAUAAAACUAUUUCACAACAUACACUUGAUUGGGUUGAAGAAUUCUUAAAUGUUUACAAAGGUAAAAAACGUUAUGUAUCAGCAACAUUUCUAGACACUCAUAUUGAUGGGCAAUACCAUACAGAAUUUGGUAGUAAUAUUAGAUCAUUAAUUGAGAAAAUGAUUGUUGGCAACAAACAAACUGGUGAAGGUCCACUACUCUCAAAAAAUAGCGCAAUAAUUAUUCAUAGUGAUCAUGGACUCCAUUAUAGUUCAGAGUAUACAUUUUUCGAAGGAUAUUUACAUCAUAAACAACCUACAAUGAUGAUGUUAUUACCAAACCAACUGCUUGAUUCACAUCCCAAUUUUGGUUAUUCUCUCAAAGAAAAUCAAUAUCGCCUUUCAACUCAUAUGGAUUUACAUCAAACAUUAUUACAUUUAGCAUAUGGAGGUGGUGGUGAAAAAUAUAUGCCAAGGGAUUUGAAAUCCACAACUUUAGCUGAUUAUUUAGAAUAUAACAAAUAUAUAAAUAAAUUUUUAUCAAGCUCCACUUUCAGGAAAAUAACAAAUAAUCCUGAUGCUCAUGAUGUUAAGACCAAAGCACAAAUUUAUGGUCAGUCAUUCCUCACCCCAAUGUAUAAAUUGCGCACUUGUGAUACAUUGAAUAUACCACGUGAGUUUUGUCCAUGCAUGGAAUUUCAGCAAAUUGAUUAUCAGAAUGUGGAUCAAAAGAAAUUAGUUGAUAUGGCAAUGUUCAAGGCAACAAUUUACAUCAAUGAAUUCCUAAAGAGCAAUCAGUAUGACAGUGUGUGUCAGUUGUUUAAUUAUGAAAGUGACAAUAACUCAAAUAACACAAUGAAAUUUGAUAGUGGAUUUUAUAAUCCACAUACAUGGGCAGAAUAUGAGUUAUAUCGAAUAACUGUCUCCAUCAAAAAUUUCAAAGCAUUAUUAUCCAUUCAAACCACAAAAAAUAUUUUAUUAUGGUCAGCACCUGAUAGUACUUCGCAGAUUGAAAUUGCCCAAGAAACAAGAUUUGCUGAUGAAUGGGAAAAAUGUCGACCUAGACUAAGAGAAAAAUUGAAUCAAUCUGCUGAUAAAGUUGAGAAUGAAAUAGAAAAAAUUGCAAGACAAUUUUGUUUUUGUUCAAACGAUUUUAACUUAUAG